AAAAUCCUCGGCCAACAAUCGCCGCGCCGAUGAUCGUGCGGGCGUUCUCCACGCCGAGGGAUCCGCUGCGAGGUGUAUCGAGGUAGUCUUUCGAGCAAAGCUCACUUUUCCGCCUUGUCAGCUCGAUGACGACCCUCGAGAUCGUCCUGUCAACCAACGUCGAGACGGGGCAUAACGUGGCAAGGAGAUGCCUCACAAGCAGGAGACCGCAACGAAUCUCUCUAAGAGACAUAUCCUACUCACGUCGUUUAUCUCAGGUGCUCUUGCAGGGAUCGCUUGUGACGUGACACUUUUCCCACUGGACACCCUGAAAACGCGCUUGCAGAGCCAGCAUGGGUUCCUCCAGUCCGGCGGUUUCAGGCAGCUGUACAAAGGUGUGGGUCCCGUCGUCCUAGGUUCAGCUCCGUCAGCUGCUAUAUUUUUCAUCACUUACGAGGGAAUAAAACAGUAUUCGCAACCGUACAUACCAGAUCAGUAUCACUCCAUUGUGCACAUGGUCGCAGCGUCGUCUUCCGAAAUAACUGCCUGUUCGGUUCGGGUGCCCGUUGAGGUGAUCAAACAGAGGAAACAAGCGCUCUUGUCCGACGUGCAUCGCCUGAGAUUAAGAACGCUGUAUCGCGGUUAUGGGAGCACCGUCCUACGAGAUCUACCGUUCGGCGUGAUCCAAAUGCCAUUGUGGGAGUAUUUCAAGCUUUGCUGGACGCGACGAGUUCAGCGGGAAUGCACGCCCCUGGAGGGCGCCGCCUGUGGAGCCGCGUCAGUUACUAUAUCGGCCGCUCUAACGACGCCGUUGGACGUUGCCAAGACUAGAAUUAUGUUGUCAAGCACUUCGGCGGAAACGGAAGAAGUUAAGAUAUCGACGAUGUUGAAAGAGGUUUACAGAAACCAUGGCAUUAAAGGGUUGUUCGCUGGUUUCCUUCCGAGAGUGACCAGCUUCACUAUUGGCGGAUUCAUAUUUUUUGGCGUUUACGAACAGGCCAGAGAAUUUUGUAUAGCCUACUUUUCCUAGUUGCCGAUAAAUUUAGCGAAAAAAUUAUUAACUUUAUGAAUACAUUCUAGUAAUUGAGCUUUCUUACUCGGCAAUGUCCUACUGGGAUCAAUUCCGAAAAGUAAUUACUGGAUAAUAAAAUUGCUAAUAAAGUGAGUUUUUUUAAUUUACUUAUUACUAAUAUUUUACAAAUGUAACAAAAUUGAAGCUUGAAAGGAUCGCGUUUGUAUAUUGUCAGCCUCGUAAGGAAUUUUAAAGAAAAUAAAACUGUUUCAAGUUCCUACUUA